AUGGGGCGGGACGGUCCCCAGCGUGGGAAGGAAGUGCCAGGCCCGCUGCAGGGGCGCCCGGCAACUAGAGUCUGAGUCUCCGUCAGGGUCUGGCCAUGGAGGCGAAACCACCGCUCUACCCGGUGGCAGGGGCCGCAGGGCCGCAGGGCGACGAGGACGGGCUCGGGGUCCCUGACGGGCCCGAGGCCCCGCUGGACGAGCUGGUGGGCGCGUACCCCAACUACAACGAGGAGGAGGAGGAGCGCCGCUACUACCGCCGCAAGCGCCUCAUUGUGCUCAAGAACGUGCUGGCGGCCAGCGCGGGCGGCACGCUCACCUACGGCGUCUACCUGGGCCUCCUGCAGAUGCAGCUGAUCCUGCACUACGAUGAGACCUACCGUGAGGUGAAGUACGGCAACAUGGGGCUGCCCGACAUCGACAGCAAGAUGCUGAUGGGCAUCAACGUGACGCCCAUCGCUGCCCUGCUCUACACGCCUGUGCUCAUCAGGUGCUGUCCCCAUGUGAGGUUUUUUGGCACCAAGUGGAUGAUGUUCCUGGCUGUGGGCAUCUACGCCCUCUUUGUCUCCACUAACUACUGGGAGCGCUACUAUACACUUGUGCCCUCUGCUGUGGCCCUGGGCAUGGCCAUUGUGCCUCUUUGGGCCUCCAUGGGCAACUACAUCACCAGGAUGGCGCAGAAGUACUAUGAGUACUCCCACUAUAAGGAGCAGGAGGAGCAGGGGCCCCAAAAGCGCCCACCACGGGGCUCCCACGCACCCUAUCUCCUGGUUUUCCAAGCCAUCUUCUAUAGCUUCUUCCAUCUGAGCUUUGCCUGUGCCCAGCUGCCCAUGAUUUAUUUCCUGAACUACUACCUGUAUGACCUCAACCACACACUGUGCAACGUGCAGAGCUGCGGCACUAACAGCCACGGCAUCCUCAACGGCUUCAACAAGACGGUUCUGCGGACGCUACCGCGGAGCAAAAACCUCAUCGUGGUGGAGACCGUGCUCAUGGCGGUGGCCUUCAUGGCCAUGUUGCUGGUGCUGGGCUUGUGCGGCGCCGCUUACCAGCCCACCGAAGAAAUAGACCUGCGCAGCGUGGGCUGGGGCAACAUCUUCCAGCUGCCCUUCAAGCACGUGCGUGACUUCCGCCUGCGCCACCUCGUGCCCUUCUUUAUUUACAGCGGUUUUGAGGUACUCUUUGCCUGCACCGGUCUCACCCUGGGCUAUGGUGUGUGCUCCAUGGGGCUGGAACGGCUGGCCUACCUCCUCAUUGCCUACGGCCUGGGAGCCUCAGCCGCCUCAUUCCUGGGUCUGUUGGGACUGUGGCUGCCACGCUCAGUGCCCCUGGUGGCUGGGGCACUGCUGCACCUACUGCUCACCCUCGGCCUCUUUUUCUGGGCCCCAGUUCCUCGGGUCCAGAAACACAGCUGGAUCUUGUAUGUGGCAGCUGUUCUCUGGGGUGUAGGCAGUGCGCUCAACAAGACGGGACUCAGCACACUCCUGGGAAUCAUGUACGAGGACAAGGAGAGGCAGGACUUCAUCUUCACCAUCUACCACUGGUGGCAGGCUGUGGCCAUCUUUGUGGUGUACUUGGGCUCCAGCCUGCCCAUGAAGGCUAAGCUGGCUGUGCUGCUGGUGACCCUGGUGGUGGCUGUGGCCUCAUACCUCUGGAUGGAGCAGAAGUUGAGUCGUGGGGUCCUCCCGCGCCAGCCGCGCAUCCCGCGGCCCCAGCACAAGGUGCGUGGCUACCGCUACCUGGAGGAGGACAACUCUGAUGAGAGUGACAACGAGGGCGAACGAGGUGGAGACUGCGGCCAGGCGGCCUGUGCGGAGGAGCAGGAACUGCAGGGGAGGCUUCCCUUGGGCCCAGAGCCUGCAGGCCUCUGUCGCAGGCCCUGCCCCUACGAACAGGCUCUGGAGGGCGAUGGGCCUGAGGAGCAAUGAGGACCCCAGGGGCCGACCUAGCUCUUUGCCUUCCUGCUUGUCACCCUCAGUUAACCAUCUCAGGUUGAGGGUGCUGGGUCCUCUCUGGGUCCAUCAGCCAGAAGGACCCUCUGCGCCAUCCCCUGUGUUCAAGACUGCCCCUUCCGGGUCACCUGAAACUUUCGCAGCACCCUCCAGGGUGAGGUAGGCCCUGUGGAGGAUAGACCCUCAAGGGGCUGCUAUUCAGGACCUUGUGUGCAGCCCACCGCACCAGCACUUGGGCCAGCCCGGGGCAGGGACAUUGGCUCGAGCCCGCUGCACCACCCCCUCUUGACUGCAGUCCUGGAUCACUUGUGACACGCUUUGCACCUCCCACCCCAAGGUCCUCUCAGAAGCAUGACUUUUUAUAGAAAGUGAACAAUAAAGAGAUUUUUGUAUUUUCCUGAUUGGGAAAUCUGGGGCUGUGUGUGGAAAGUGUUACAGGAAAUAAUACCAGAGAUGAAAUAAAUACUGUAUCUCCCAA